UACUUUCACAUACUGUUUAGUAAGGGAGUGUGCUGAGCAGCACAACAAGCCCUGCUCGUCUUUCCUGAGCACGGGGUUUCUGGUUCCGCGCAGAAAAACGGCUGUUUCUGACUCUGAGUUUUGGUCCCUUUUUAAACGUAAAACUCAAGUUCAUGAAAUGAAAGUUUGAGGAAAAGAAAGUGAGCAGUGAUUUGAGUUAUAAUGAGCGGCGGCGGCACUGCUACCGAAAGUGCUACGAUACCGGAAGAUAUCUCAGGCCAAAUGCUGGAGCUGGACGAGGACGAGGACUUGGAAGUUUUCAGUAAGGAUGGAAGCUCCUUCAGUGUAUCUAUGCCAACAUCACCUGGAUCUAUGAUCAAUCAGUACAGAUUCGAGGAUGAGGAAGAUGUGCCUAGCACUAAGGACAUAUUCAUCACAGUUGAUAAUCCUGAGAGUCAUGUGACAGCCAUCGAGACAUUUAUUACAUACAGGGUUUUAACCAAGACUACACGUAGUGAGUUUGACUCAAGUGAGUAUGAAGUCCACAGGCGCUACCAGGACUUCUUUUGGUUAAAAGGCAAACUGGAGGAGGCUCAUCCGACUCUUAUUGUCCAUCCCCUACCAGAGAAAUUUAUUAUGAAGGGAAUGAUGGAAAGGUUUGCUAAUGACUUCAUCGAGACGAGGAAAAAAGCACUACAUCGCUUUCUCAACAGAAUAGCUGACCACCCCAUUCUCUCCAGCAGUGAGGAUUUCAAGAUCUUUCUUACAGCACAAGCCUGGGAGCUAACAUCUCAUAAGAAGCAAGGUCCAGGUUUCUUAAGCAGGAUGGGUGAGACGGUGAGAGCUGUGGCUGCCACGGUCCGAGGGGUCAAAAAUCGGCCAGAGGAGUUCAGUGCCAUUCAUGACUAUGUGGACAACUUCAGUUUGAAGCUGACUGCGCUGGACAAAAUCACCCAGCGAAUUAUCAAAGAAAAAAGAGAACACCUGGAUGAAAUGAAGGAGUAUGGGCCCAUCUACACCCUGUGGUCUGGCUCAGAGGAGGAGCUGGUGGAGCCUUUGAAGCUCAUGGCGAGUUGCUUGGACAGGUGCUCCAGGGAGACUGAGGAGCAGAUCGAACACCUCAGUAACCGCCUCCUCCCAACACUGCACGAGUAUGUGCUCUGUGCUGAUAACCUCAAGGCAGUACUGCGGAGACGAGACAACAUCCAAGCAGAGUUUGAGGCUAAGAAUGAAGCUCUCGCCAGUAAAAGGACGGAAGGGGAAGCAGAGACUAAGGUGCUGAGUUUAGCAUGGGACAGCCUGGUGGGCAAAGACCCAGACGAGGUCAGACAGCAGAAACAGCAGAAGCUUAAAGGAGAGAUUAAAGAGAUAAAGGACGAAAUUGAAAAGCUGGAAGAUAGAUUGGAAUGGGCCAAUAACACACUCACAGGGGACUGGAGCCGCUGGAAGAAGAGCAUGAGGUCUGACCUGAGAGCAGUGUUUACCCAAACAGCAGAGAAGAAUGUGGAAUACUAUGAAAAGUGCCUGGCAGUGUGGGAGUCGUUCCUGCUGUCUCAGAGACAAGAGGCCAGGGAAGUGGGCAGAGAUGACUCCUAAUCCCUCAGAAGCUUUUAUCUAAAUGGUGAAGACCAAAGACAAGUUUUUACCUUGCAAUCCAAGUGCAUGAAUUGUAUAGCAAAAUACCACUGCCACAGAUGUCUCGGUAUAAACAUAACUGUGCCUUAUCGUCAGACAAACCAAGGAUACAGAUAUGUCGUUAAUCCAUUAUUUCCUACAACAGGUAACAAGUUUUUCUCUGCAGUUCACAGAUCUUGAGAGGAUGAGUAUUUUGCUCGAAAUUGUUCUUUACCUUAUUAAUAUCCUUGUGAAAAACCUAAAGUAAGAGAUAAUAAAUGUCGUAAAAUUAAAUUCAGGAGGAAUGGUUUGUGGCUUUAUUAUAUUUAGAUGCCAUUAGUCUCCGAAUUUAGUUCUAUAAUUAUUUGGUACAUUUUGCUAAUGUCCAAAUCAUUGUCUAGGCUGCUUUGAAGUCUUUUCUCACUUGCUCACAAGCCAAUGAGAAAUUCAACUGUAUAGGCCAAAAUAUUCAAACCAGGUGUCUUUUAUAUAAUGGCAUCCCCUUACACUAUGGAUUGUUAAAAAUAUAUUUUAAAAUCACUAGGUUAAAUCAUACAAGUUCUUAUUCAUCUUUUUUUUUUGUUUGUUUACAACAUGCUCAUGUUUUACAACCAAGAAGUCAUCUGAAAUGCUUUUAUAUAAAUGAAUGUGUAAUUUAUUUACAAUUACUUUAUAUACUAUGCAUCAGUUAUCAUGCGCGCGCACGCACAUUUGCAUUUUGUGUAAAUUGUGACAUAAGGCAUGUUUAAUUUUAGGUCCUUGGUGGUGAACUGUAAUUGAGGAAACUUUUUUAAUACAGCUGAAUAUGACCUUUU